AUGGCAAGCCUUGAGAAUGCGGAAGAUGUUCGCCUCAGAGUAUGGUCAUGGAUGAGCGCGACCGUUUAUAAGCCAGUAUCAUUGAAGUCGUUAACGGGCGGCCAAGCCAAUUUCACUUACCACGCGGAAUUGGAGCGAGGAACAAAAGACGACAACGACCACCGUGAAGCCGUUUACGAAGUUCUUGUCAAACAUGGAGAACCAUACAUGGCCAGGCAUCCUAGCAACGCAAUCACGAUCGAACGCUGCUCCGCUGAAGUAGCUUGUCUGAAGUACCUUCACUCAAUCGAGGCUACUCUGCAGGCAUCCGAGAAUGCCACGUAUAUUGUGAGAACGCCGAAGUUUUACCUUUACGAUGACAAAACCAAAACACAGAUUCAAGAGUAUCUGCCAGGGAGUCUGGAUCUGAAAAGCAUUGUACUGAAGAGCUGCGAGGAACCUCUUGCCGUGCUACUGAAGCAACACUACCUUCACAUCGGUAGAGCGUUGGCAGAGUACAUAAGCCAAUUUCACCAGAACACAAGCCCGGUAGCUCGGGUCCACGCAGAUGAGGGAACCAGUCCUCACCUGUCGACUCUUCACGAGGCAAUCAGCCGUAGCAAUGAAAUGCAGGAUCUGAAGCUCAUGGUCAACUAUGACUGGCUGCUGGACCGUGUUGAGCAGUUUCCAGACAUCUUGAAAGGCGCAAAAGGUGUUUUCGUGCGUCUAAGAGAGCAGGGUAUCGACGAGCUGAAGAACAGGUCCGCGGCGUCGACGGUCAUCCAUGGAGACUUUUGCCCACAGAACAUACUGAUUCGUGACGAGUCACUUCAGGAUGGAAAAGAGACUGGCCUGUUUGUUGUGGACUGGGAAAAUGCCCAAAUCGGUGUGCCCGCUAUGGAUCACGGCGAAAUGAUCGGAGAACUCUACUCAACCUGGCUUUACGAUGGCUCCAAUGCAGGCAUUCACGUCAUUGAAGGGUAUGCUGCAGGUUUGGGACCUCUACCGGUAGACGUUGCCCUUCGCAUUGCUGCUCAGGUGGGCGUGCAUCUCCUCAGUUUUGGCACACUUGCACAAGACAAGUCCGAGUUACAGAUCGGCCACGUCGCACGGGAGGGGAGAGACAUCAUCGUCAACUCUUGCAAAAAGAACCAGGCAUGGUUCAAAGACCACGUUCUCCGGUGUCUAUUCACGCGCUAA